UCACCCAACUGACUUUCACUCUUUGGGCUGACACUGUCCUUCAUGAAAGGUGGUCCUAAGAGCUGCUCAACGAGAUUGAGAAAAUCUCAGUGUUUUUUACAUCUAAAGAUUCAUCUAAAAGACCUGAAAAGUGAAGGAGAUUUUGGGGUGAAAUAUCAGUGCAAGUCUCAGCAGGAUGUUGAUACAGUCUGUUUAGGGUGCCCAACAGAAGAGAAUGAGAAGCCAAGAGUCACAUAUAGUCUGGAAUUCACUUUUGAUGCCGAUACUCGAGUUGCUAUCACAAUAUACUGCCAAGCAAUGGAGGAGUUCAUGAAAGGGAUGGCAGUAUACAGCACAAAGAAUCCUUUGUUGCAGUCCAAGACAGUCCAUUAUAAGAGAGGAGUGAGCCAGCAAUUCUCCCUUCCUUCUUUCAAGAUUGAUUUCUCAGAAUGGAAGGAUGAGCUGAACUUUUAUCUGGACCAAGGCAUAUUUCCAGUACUGAUCCAGGCUGUUGUAGAUGAAGGAGAUGCAGGGCCUACCAAAAAUUUCCCUUCACAAACAGAGUGUAAGGUAGCAGAUGUAGUUUCAGCCAUGGGCACUUAUGUGUAAGUAGCCUUGGAGGACAGUUGUGGAAGUAAGUGGUCAUGCCCAUGUGCUAUUAGCUGCUUUUGAGAAGCACGUUGAUGGCAGUGUCUCUGUGAAACCUUUAAAACAGAAACAGAUUGUGGAUCGAGUCAGCUACCUCCUCCAAGAAAUCUAUGGUAUUGAAAACAAAAACUAUCAGGAAACCAAGCCCUCUGAUGAGAACAGUGACAAUAGCAAUGAAUGUGUUGUGUGCCUGUCUGACCUUUGAGACACUCUGAUCCUUCCCUGACGACACCUUUGACCUUUGUAACUCAUGUGCUGAUACCCUGCCAUAACAAGCAAAUAACUGCCCCAAUUGUAGGCUGCUUUCCCUAUGUCACACCUGCUCCCCAUGAACCUGUGAAGACCCUACAAAGCUUGGUGAAUGUUCGAAGACUCUACAACUUGUUAAGUACAAAGAUGAUACUGACAGCCCAACAGGUUUGAAGAUUCAGUCACUGGAGUAUUGUAGGGAGAAACCAGAGAGCAGGACUUUUCUGUCCUUCCUCCUUUCUGUCCCAAGGGCAAGAGACCAAGUUUUUCAGUUGUCUAUUCCUUUUCAACAGUCCUUCCUGGUCACCAUUCCAAUUAGAAGGUCCUCCUUGAUUGACAGUUCAGCAGUCCUGGCUUCUCCAGCUCUGCUGCAGACUUUUCCCAUUUUCUCUCCUCCACAACAUUACACUAGGUACUUAUGUUAGAAGAAAUAAGUGAGCACACAAUUUUGAAAACAUAAGUAAAAGGGCUUAUAGGAAUAUAAGAAUUAGUAGCUGACAAAGAAUUGUAUAAUUUCAGUUGAUCCCAUCAUAUCAAAACCUGAAAAUAAAAGUUUGACAAAUGUCCUGGGUAUGUAAGGAUCUUUUUCAUAUUUAAAAGAAAGCUGGACAUGGAGUCAAGUGAAAACAAGGUUGGAAUUCUGCCUAGCACUUACGAUCCAUCUCUUGAGAAUCACUCUCUGAGCCUGUUUCCUCAAUAGUAAAAUGUGGAUGACAUUGUAAGGAUCAAAUGAAAUAAUGUAUGUAAAGAUCUUUGCACAUUUCAAAGUGUUAUGUAAAUUGGUUAUUUCC